CGUGUGACGCAUGCGCAGUCUGCAUCCAGACAGAGUGUGACUGACAGACUGAGAGCUGGGAGAGCACAGAGAUCAUCAGAUUAAACUGUGAUAAUGAACACAGACAGGAAUCGGGUGACUGAGGAGAUUUUUAAUCUAACCCUGGAGAUCAUCUACCUGCUGGCUGGAGAGGAUUAUAUGGUUGUAAAGAGACCUUGUGAGCAUGUGACAACCAGCAGCACUCUCCGUAUGUCCGAUAGUAUCUCCAGAACCAAGAAUCCCAGCACAGUGUCCAAACCUCCCUCACUGAUUCGUGAUCGACUUAGUGACAAGAAGAUCCUUGAUCUGACCUACAGGAUCAUCCACCUUUUGACUGGAGAGGAGUGUGAAUAUUUACAGCACAAUGUCUGUAAGGAAGCGGUUAUGGAAAGUAACCAGCCGCAGAGAUCACCAGUAGAUAAAUUGUUUCCUAAUUUUGGAGCCGAAGAUGGAACUGUAGAUAAAAUAAAUAUUGAUGGAAAUGAUCUAAAAUGUGCCAAUGAAAGGAAAAGGCAUAAUGAAUCGGAAAUCUACAUGUUAAAAGAAUCUCCACCACAUCAACACAGAAGUCUCUUAGACACAGAUAUAUAUCUGCAGACAGAAUAUCCAUCUACUGAUAUUAAGGAGGAAUCAUCAUCAUGUGAAGAUGACAAUCUCAUAGAUAUUUCUUCACCCAAAGAACAUCCAGAGCGAGAAUAUCCAUCUACUCAUAUUAAGGAGGAACCAGCCUCAUGUGAAGAAGGCACCCUCACGGACAUUUAUACACCCACAGAAUAUGCAUCUAUUCAUAUAAAAGAGGAAUCUGAUUCAUGUGAAGAAGGGACUUUCACAAACACUGGUAUUUGUACACCCACAGAACUGACAGAUGAUACAUUUUCUUUUAUCAUACAAGAGACCAUGUGUAGAGGAGAGGAACCAUGUUCAGAACACGAAAAGAAUUAUAGCCAGGUAUCACAUCUUGUUAUACACCAAAGGAUUCGCAAAGGGAAAAAGCAGUUCUCAUGUUCUGAAUGUGGAAAAUGUUUCAACCAAAAGUCUAAUAUUAUUAGCCAUCAGAAAAUUCAUACAGGAGAGAAAAUAUACAAAUGUUCUGAAUGUGGGAAAUGUUAUACUCAGGCUGCACACCUCGCGUCACAUAAAAAACGGAUCCAUACGGGAGAAAAACCUUUUAAAUGCUCUGAAUGUGGGAAAUGUUAUACUCAGGCUGCACACCUCGCGUCACAUAAAAAACGGAUCCAUACGGGAGAAAAACCUUUUAAAUGCUCUGAAUGUGAUAAAUGUUUUUCCCGAGCCACACUUCUUGCAUCGCAUGAAAGGAUUCACACUGGAGAGAAACCAUUUAAAUGCCCGGACUGUGAGAAAUGCUUUAAUCAAAAGUCUAAUCUUAUUAAACAUCAGAGAAUUCACACCGGUGAAAAACCAUUUAAAUGUACUGAAUGUGGGAAAUGUUUUACCUGGGCCACACUUCUCGCAUCACACAAAAGGAUUCACACAGGAGAAAAACCAUUUAAAUGUGCAGAAUGUGGGAAAUGUUUUACACAGGCUGCACAUCUUGCAUCACAUAAAAUGAUACAUACAGGAGAAAAGACAUUUAAAUGCACUGAAUGUGGGAAAUGUUUUAUCCAAAAGUCCAAUCUUGUUAAGCAUCAGACAAUUCACACAGGAGAAAAACCAUUUAAAUGCAAUGAAUGUGGAAAAUGUUUUAACCAGAAGUUUAAUCUUGUGAAGCAUCAGACCAUUCACACAGGAGAGAGACCAUUUAAAUGCUCUGACUGUGGGAAAACGUUUAGCAGACCGACACAGUUAGCUACACAUAAGAGGAUCCAUACCAGUCAAAAAAUGGAACCAGCAGUGGCGUACAGCUACUCUAUGAGAGAGUUUGACAAUAUGAUGGGAUUGCGGCUGAAGUACUACGGACCCAAUCCACCGGAGAAAUCUGUGCAGCUUAUGAGGAACCUAGUGUUCAAGAAUCUGCAAUACCGGGCAGAAAGAGAAGGUCAGCUAGCACGUUGGGAGGAACUCCAGUGGCAGAGUGCAAAAUCUGCAUUACUAUCAAGGACCAGAGUCCAGUGUUUGGAGUGCACAAAAAACUCAUGGAUAACUAAUCCGAAAGCAGAGGAUCUCUCAGAUGGACUGCUACAAGAAUGGACAGGUAAGGGAAGAACUUACACAACAUCUUCCUUUAACAUCUUCCCACAACAGUUGGAGCGGAGGUUGUGUCCGAUAUAUGAAGGAAAAAUGCCAAACUCAAAUGAAAAUAUUCCAAAGGAGUCUGAUCAGUGUGAGUUUGAGGAAGUGGCCGUUUACUUCUCCGAGGAGGAGUGGGACUAUUUAAAUGAAGUCGAGAAGAAGCUUUACCGGGAUGUGAUGAUGGAGAAUUACCAGACCCUCCGCUCUCUGGGAUGUAUCCGUGUGACUCCUCCAGUUAUAUCGGUGAUUGAGCAAGGGGAAGAGCCGUAUGUGAGGGGACUCCAAGAAUUUAAAGAGAUUGGUUGUCCAAUAUACCCAGAAAGCUUUGUGAACAUACAUUUUCCAGAAAAAUGUCACAAAACCAGAAACGCACUAAGCAAGACAGAAGAGAAAUCUUUUGGAUUGAAGAACUCCAUAGAGCACAAGCUUUCCUUAAAAUGCAAUAUGGGUACUCCUCAGAAGAUGCACACAGAACCAAAAUUAUUCUUAUGUUCUGAUUGUGGGAAAUGUUUUGACUUUAACUCUCAACUUUUAAUUCAUCAGAGAACCCACACAGGAGAAAAGCCAUAUUCAUGUUCUGAAUGUAAAAAACGUUUCAGCCAAAAGUCUUUACUUGUUCACCAUCAGAGAACUCACACAGGAGAGAAACCUUUUUCUUGUUCUGAGUGUGAGAAAUCAUAUAGUUUUAAAUCACAUCUUAUUCGACAUCAAAGAGCUCACACAGGAGAGAAACCAUUUUCAUGUUUUGAAUGUGGCAAAUGUUUCAGCCAAAACUCGAUACUUGUUAACCAUCAGCGAACACACACAGGAGAUAAGCCAUUCUCAUGCUCUGAAUGUGGUAAGAAUUUUGGUUCAAAUGCUUAUCUUGUUAGACAUCAGAGAAGCCACAGAGGGGAUAAGCUUUUCUCAUGUUCUGAAUGUGGGAAAUGUUUUCAUUUUAAUUCGCAACUGCUUGCACAUCAGAGAACUCACACGGGCGAGAAACCAUUCUCGUGUGCAGAAUGUGGGAAAUGUUUUGGUCGUAAUGCCGAUCUGGUCAGUCAUCAGAGAAUGCACUCUGGAGAGAAACCAUUCUCUUGUUCUUAUUGUGGUAAGUACUUCAGCUUUAAUGCAUAUCUCAUUAGACAUCAGAGAACUCACACAGGGGAAAAACCUUACUCAUGUCCUGAAUGUGGAAAAUGUUUUAGCCGUACCACAACACUUGUAAAUCACCGGAGGACUCAUACAGGAGAGAAACCAUUCACUUGUUCAGAAUGUGGUAAAUGUUUCAGGCAAAAUGCAAUACUUGUUAGACAUCAGAGAUCUCAUACAGGAGAGAAAUCAUUCUCAUGUUCUGAAUGUGGGGAAUGUUUUGGUCGUAAUGCUGAUUUUGUUAGACACCAGAGAAUGCACUUUGGAGAAAACCCAUUCUCUUGUUCUCAUUGCGGGAAAUGCUUCAGCUUUAAUGCAUAUCUCAUUAGACAUCAGAGAACUCAUACAGGGGAAAAGCCUUUUUCAUGUUCUGAGUGUGGGAAAUGUUUUAGUUGCACCUCAACUCUAGUUAAUCACCGGAGGACUCACACAGGAGAGAAACCAUACACUUGUUCAGAAUGUGGCAAAUGUUUCAGGCAAAAUGCAAUACUUGUUAGACAUCAGAGAACUCACACAGGAGAGAAACCGUUCUCCUGUUCAGAGUGUAGGAUAUCUUUCAGUUUUAAGUCACAGCUUGUUAUACAUCAUAAAACUCACACUGGAAGAAAACCAUUACCUAGAUUUAAAGGUGGAAAAUCUAGCUCUAAAGCUUAUUUUUAUAAACAUCAAUAAGUUCACACAUAAGAUGCAUUUUCUUAUACUAAGAAUGUUAAUAUCCAGAACCCAGUGGUUGUUAGACAUCAGAAAAUUCACACAGAAGAGAAUCAGUUUUAAAGUUUUAAAAUGAAAUUCAGUUUGUGUUACAUGUUAUAAUUCUCACUAGAGUUUUCUCAAUGCUAAGUAUGGUGUUCACUGCAAGUAAAAUUUCGAUACACAAGCUCAGUAAAAAGGAAAAAAAACUUCAGUCCAUUUAAAAAUGACAACACAAGAACUGCACAUUGAUAACCAGCCAAGUGGCCAGCGUCACAAGCAGAUUAACAUGUUCUUACUCAUAUACUACAAAAACAUGUUAAGGUACUUGCAAUGCUGUGCUCACUGGCUUAUGUCAUAAAGAUGCUGUUCCUGCACAAUCGUUUAUAAAUUGGCCACAGCAAAAGCUGAUGUUCAUUGUCAUGCCAUAGAAACCUUAUUAAAUGGUCUGUGCAUAUGGCUGAUUCUAGCUUAAGAAGGGUUUGAUUGCGUAAGAAUGUGAUAGAUGUCAGAACAUUCACAACAUAAAUUCAAUUUUUUAAAGCUAGUGUUACUCUACCAGGUGUGAAGUUUCACACACACAUUGCCCCUAUAUUUAUCUUUUAUCAGAUAGGAUGACUAUACCUGAUUUGCCUCACAGAUAUAAGUAAAACU